AUGGAGAUGUGCCUAUCGGGAGUAAAGUUCAAUGAUGAGUUGCGUUUCAAGGUCCACGGCGAUCUGCUCUACCACGGGUGCUCCCUGAACACGCCCUUCCACUUUAUCGGCAUCGAUUUCGAGCCAUUCAGGUGCGCCGCGUUGUUGUGUGUACUCAAGUGCUUCCUGAAUGGUAGCGAGGUUUCGGCUUCGUUCGCGUGGCGUGACGACAUCACCGAUUUGCACGAUAUAGGAAGGAAUGUUAACACGCUUACCGUUGAUGGUGAAAUGAUUAUGCUUCACCAGUUGACGUGCCUGAUUCCGAGAAGUCGCAAACCCGAGCCGGUAAACGACAUUGUCUAA